ACCCCCAGGCACCCGACAGCCCCACACCAUGCCCCCACGCGCCAACCUCACCGGCUUCGAUCCCAGGAAGUUUGCCGCCUCCGCCGGCUCGCCCGCCAAUGAUCCGUGGAAGAGAUACGAGGCCUGGAGGUACACCGGCCCCUUCUCCCGCUGGAACCGCUUCAAGGGCUCCUUCCCUGGCCUCGGCAUUGCAACCGUCGCCUUCGCCGUCUACUGCGGCUACGAGGCUCUCUUCCUCAAGGACGACCACCCGCACGAGAAGAAGGGCCACCAUGACAUGGUUGCGUAAGGGAAAGAGGCUUUGAUAUUUGGCGCAAAAGGAUGGGUUUGAUCGGGCUACAGCAACCGAGCCGACUGUACAUAUGACAGAGCAUGGCCCGGUGCGCGCCGUCAAGGGCCAUGUCUGAAGAAUCGCCCGCCAGGUGGUGAUGGAUGUAAGAGGAGAGGGGCCCUUGUCGCGCCAUCAAUCCAUUUGAACAUGUUUUUGGCACAAAUGACCCUGUCCUGCCACGGAGCUUGGUCGCAGCAUACAUGGCAAUGUGCGCAAGUCCACUGUAUUGGCUGUUACUCUGGCAUUGGCGGUAGAGUAGGCCAAUUCCCGCCUGUUGCAAAGACGCGACAAAUGACGGUUGGCGAACGGCCGCCAUGGCCUCUUAACAUGCCCU